AUGGAUGUUGAUAUCAGCAAUUAUGAUAAUAAUAACAAUAAUAGUGAUAAUAAUAGUGAAGAGAACAUUGAUAGCAAUGAUAAAAACUAUAAUAAUAAUGGUAAUGAUAGUAAUAAUAAUGUCGGAGAGUUUGAUAACGACAAUGUCAACUAUUAUUGUGCAGUUGAGACUGAUGAUGUUGCUAAUCAUAAAAUAUCAAGUCAUCCAUCUCAAUUAUCCCAGAAAUCUUUGGAAAGUAAUACUUCUCGUAUAAUCUCUGAUUAUGAAGAUGAAAUGCCAAAACAACAAGUUCCAAAAAUUGAUAUAAUGACACCAGAACUUGCUGCGGCUUUGGAUAGAGCUAACGUGACUAGUAGGAUGGCGACUUACAUUAUUGCUGCUUUAUUAUCUUGCUUGAACAUUGAUUGUGCAAGCGUAAACUUUAGUCAUGUGACUAUUCACCGAGCAAGGGAAAAAUUCCGGAAAGAAGCGGCGUUAAAUCUGAAGACUAAUCUGGAAACUAACAAUUAUGUACUACAUUUUGAUGGAAAAGUGUUAUCAGUUAUUACAGGUACAGAACAAGUUGACCGGCUUCCGAUUAUUUUAUCAUCAUCAGGUAAAUUUCAACUGUUAGGAGUUCCUAAACUAGAAUCUGGGACUGGACAAAACCAAGCUUCAGCUAUUAUUAAAACAGUAAAACAAUGGGAUAUUAAUACUGACAACAUCAAAGCAUUGUGUUCUGAUACUACGGCGUCAAAUACGGGAAUCAGAAAUGGUGCGUGUGUAUUAGUAGAAAAGGCUCUUAGUAGAAAACUGUUGUACUUGCCAUGCCGACACCAUAUUUUUGAAAUUGUUCUUCGAAGUGCAUUUGAAGUAUACUGGCCUGCUUCGUCUGGCCCAAACGUUCCAAUUUAUCAGAGAUUUAAAAAGAAGUGGGAUGAAAUUGACCAAUCAAACUUUACGGCUGGUAUUUGUGACAAAAAAGUUUUGGAAGUAAUAACACCAAUCAAAGAUGAGAUUUUGAAAUUCGUUAAUAAUCAAAUAGAAAUGGAUCAUUGUCGAGACGAUUACCGUGAACUUCUGGAAUUAUCAUUAAUAUUUUUGGGUACUACUACCACAAAUAUUACAUUUAAGCAUCGGUCCAUCAUGCAAGGUGGAUGGCUAAAGCAAUAUAUAGUUUAA